GCCCUCCCGCCCUCCUCCGCCCGCCGCCCCGCCCCCGCCGACGGCGCCGCGCCCCUCCCCCAACCGCCCGACUAGCAUGGUGCGGCGGCCGCGCGCGCCGACAUGGGGGAGAAGCUGGAGCUGAGGCUCAAGUCGCCCGUGGGGGCCGAGCCCGCCGUCUACCCGUGGCCGCUGCCGGUCUACGACAAACACCACGAUGCUGCUCACGAAAUCAUCGAGACCAUCCGGUGGGUCUGUGAAGAGAUCCCAGACCUCAAGCUUGCUAUGGAGAACUACGUUUUAAUCGACUACGAUACCAAAAGCUUCGAAAGCAUGCAGAGGCUCUGUGACAAGUACAACCGCGCCAUCGACAGCAUCCACCAGCUGUGGAAGGGGACCACUCAGCCCAUGAAACUGAACACCCGGCCGUCCAACGGGCUCCUGCGGCACAUCCUGCAGCAGGUGUACAACCACUCGGUGACGGACCCUGAGAAGCUCAACAACUACGAGCCCUUCUCCCCGGAGGUUUAUGGGGAGACCUCCUUUGACUUGGUCGCGCAGAUGAUCGACGAGAUCAAGAUGACGGAGGACGACCUAUUUGUGGACCUGGGCAGCGGAGUGGGCCAGGUCGUCCUGCAGGUCGCCGCGGCCACCAAUUGCAAACAUCACUAUGGCGUGGAGAAAGCCGACAUCCCAGCCAAGUACGCGGAGACCAUGGACCGAGAGUUCAGGAAGUGGAUGAAAUGGUACGGAAAAAAGCAUGCAGAAUACACACUGGAGAGAGGCGACUUCCUCUCGGAGGAGUGGAGGGAGCGGAUUGCCAACACAAGUGUUAUAUUUGUGAAUAACUUUGCCUUUGGUCCUGAGGUGGAUCACCAGCUGAAGGAGCGGUUUGCGAACAUGAAGGAAGGUGGGAGAAUCGUGUCCUCAAAGCCCUUUGCGCCUCUGAACUUCAGAAUAAACAGCAGAAACUUGAGCGACAUCGGCACCAUCAUGCGCGUCGUAGAGCUCUCGCCCCUGAAAGGCUCCGUGUCCUGGACGGGGAAGCCAGUCUCCUACUACCUGCACACCAUUGACCGCACCAUACUUGAAAACUAUUUUUCUAGUCUGAAAAAUCCAAAACUCAGGGAGGAACAAGAGGCGGCUCGGCGCCGGCAGCAGCGAGAAAACAAGAGCAACACGACCACUCCCACCAAGGUGCCCGAGAGCAAGGCCGCCGUGCCCGCCGACACCCCCAUGGAUUCCGGUGCCGAGGAGGAGAAGGCUGGGGCGACCGCCAUCAAAAAGCCGUCCCCUUCCAAGGCUCGGAAGAAGAAGCUGAACAAGAAGGGGCGGAAGAUGGCCGGCCGGAAGCGCGGGCGCCCCAAGAAAAUGAGCACUGCGAACCCCGAGCGCAAGCCCAAGAAGAGCCAGACCGCACUGGACCUCCUGCACGGCCAGGCCUCGUCGCAGACGGCGGCGCCCUCGCCCCAGGAUGCGUACAAGUCACCUCAUAGCCCGUUCUAUCAGCUACCUCCCAGCGUGCAGCGGCACGCCCCCGCCCCCGACCGGCCGCUGCUGGCAGCCACCCCACCCGCACUGCAGAAGCUGCUAGAAUCCUUCAAGAUUCAGUACUUGCAGUUCUUGGCGUACACCAAGACCGCCCAGUACAAGGCCAGCCUGCAGCAGCUGCUGGACCAGGAGAAGGAGAAGAACGCCCGGCUGCUGGGCGCUGCGCAGCAGCUGUUUGGCCACUGCCAGGCCCAGAAGGAGGAGAUCAAGAGGCUCUUCCAGCAGAAGCUGGACGAGCUGGGGGUGAAGGCGCUGACCUACAACGACCUGAUUCAGGCACAGAAGGAGAUCUCGGCUCACAACCAGCAGCUGAGGGAACAGACGGAGCAGCUGCAGAAGGACAACAGGGAGCUGAGGAGCCAGAGCCUGCAGCUGCUCAAGGCUCGGUGUGAGGAGCUGAGGCUGGACUGGUCGACGCUGUCCCUGGAGAGCCUGCUGAAGGAGAAGCAGGCCCUGAGGAGCCAGAUCUCCGAGAAGCAGAGGCACUGUCUGGAGCUGCAGAUCAGCAUCGUGGAGCUGGAGAAGAGCCAGCGGCAGCAGGAGCUCCUGCAGCUGAAGUCCUGCGUGCCGCCCGACGACGCUCUGUCGGCGCACCUGCGCGGGAAAGGCGCCCUGGGCCGGGAGCCAGAGGCGGAGCCCGGCCGGCUGCACCUCGACCUGGACUGCUCCAGGUUCCCCCUGCCCCACUUCAGCAGCGCGAGCCCAGAGCUCUCCAUGAACGGCCACGCGGCCGGCUAUGAGCUGUGCGGCACGCUGAGCCGGCCCUCAUCCAAGCAGAACACCCCCCAGUACCUGGCCUCCCCGCUGGACCAGGAGGCCGUGCCCUGCACCCCCAGCCACAGCAGCCGCCCACGGCUCGAGAAGGUGUCCGGCCUGGCCCUGCCCGACUACACCAGGCUCUCCCCAGCCAAGCUGGUGCUAAGGCGCCACCUGAGCCAGGACCACGCGGCCGGCGGCAAGGCGGCCUCCGGAGAGCUGCACCCACGAGCCGAGCAUGCCAAGGAGAACGGCCUUGCGUACCAGAGCCCGGGCAUCAAGCUGAGCCCUCAGGACCCUCGGCCCCCGUCCCCCGUGGCCUUACCGAUGACAGGGGAGAGGGCCAGCGAGAAGGGUUUGAAGGAGCGCGCCUAUGCCAGCGGCGGGGAGGCCAUCACCAGCCUGCCGGUCAGCAUCCCGCUCAGCACCGUGCAGCCCAGCAAGCUGCCCGUCAGCAUUCCCCUGGCCAGCGUGGUGCUGCCCAGCCGCGCCGAGAGAGUGAGAAGCACCCCCAGCCCGGUGCCGCAGACCCGCGAGUCCUCCACGCUUGAGAAGCAGAUGGGCGCUAGCGCGCACGGGGCUGGCGGCAAAGGCCCCGCCCCAGCUCCUGCAGGCUUCUACACGGGCUCGGUGGCCGUCAGCCCAGCGCCCCUGGCUUCCGGAGUCGAGCCCGGCGCCUUUGACGAGGUCCCCGGCCCGGGCGGCCUGUUCGCCAGCAUGGGCUCUUGCGGCUCCACCCCACAGCACCCGCCCCUGCUGCCACAGCCCCGCGGCUCCGGCGCGGCCUCGCCCGCCCACCCGCUCUGCGCCAGCCCCCGGCUCAGCAGUGCCGCCCAGGGUCCCUUCCCUGAUGGCAGCAAAGGGGACCUUCCAUCUGAGGCCGGCUUCUCAGACCCUGAGAGCGAAGCCAAGCGGAGGAUCGUCUUCACCAUCUCGGCUGGCGGUGGCAGUGCUAAACAGUCGCCGCCCAGCAAGCCCAGCCCCCUGCCCGCGGGCAGCCGUGGGGACAGUAGCCAGGGCCACGGCCAGGACAGCCGCAAGCGGGGCAGGAGGAAGCGGGCGGCAGCGGGGGCCCCCAGCCUGAGCUCAGGCGUGUCGCCCAAGCGCCGGGCCCUGCCGUCCGUGGCUGGCCUCUUCACACAGUCUUCAGGGUCCCCCCUGAACCUCAACUCCAUGGUCAGCAACAUUAACCAGCCUUUGGAAAUCACGGCCAUUUCGUCCCCCGAGAGCCUGAAGAGCUCCCCUGUCCCCUACCAGGACAGCGACCAGCCGCCCGUCCUCAAGAAGGAGAAGCCCCUGAGCCAGACCAACGGGGCCCACUACUCCCCACUGACCUCGGACGAGGAGCAGGGCUCCGAGGACGAGCCGGGCAGCGCCAGAAUUGAGAGAAAGAUUGCCACAAUCUCCUUAGAAAGCAGAUCUCCUCCGAAAACCUUGGAAAACGGUGGUGGCCUGGCCGGGAGGAAGCCGACCCCUGCCAGCGAGCCCACCAACAGCAGCAAGUGGAAGUCCACCUUCUCACCCAUUUCCGACCUCGGCCUGGCCAAGUGCGCCGACAGCCCGCUGCAGGCCGGCUCCGCCCUGAGCCAGAGCUCCCUGUUCACUUUCCGGCCCCCGCUGGAGGAGCCCAGCCCGGCUGACGCCAAGCUGGCUGCCCACCCCAGGAAGAGCUUUCCCGGCAGCCUGUCAGGGGCAGGCGGGCUGAGCCCAAGCGGCAACCCUCCCAACGGCUUCACCUUCAGCGGGGGCCUGGCCGCAGACCUCAGUUUACACAGCUUCAGUGAUGGUGCUUCUCUCUCCCACAAGGCCCCAGAGGCGGCAGGCCUGGGCGCCCCCCUGAGCUUUCCCGCCCCCCGGGGCAAGGACGGCGCCGCAGAGCCCGGCCCCUUUGUGAACAAGAGGCAGCUGGACGGAGCAGGCGGCCCCAAGGGCAGGGAGGCAGGCGAGCCGGGCCCAGCGGCAUGCGGGCCCCCGGACAAGGCCCCGCUGGCGCACGGCAAGCCGGGCAAGGGCCGGGACCGUGAGCCUGACCUGAAGAACGGCCACAACCUCUUCAUUUCCGCCGCCGCCGUGCCCCCCGGGGGCCUCCUCAGCGGCCCGGGCCUCGCCACAGCGGCGUCCUCGGUGGCCAGCGCUGCCCCCUCCGCCCAGACGCACCGCCCCUUCCUGGGCACGUUUGCCCCCGGCCCGCAGUUCGCCCUGGGCCCCAUGUCCCUUCAGGCCAACCUGGGCUCGUCUGUGCUGCAGUCCCUGUUCGGCUCCGUGCCGGCCGCCAGCCUGGUGCACGUCUCAUCCGCCGCAACCAGACUGACCAACUCGCACGCCAUGGGCAGCUUUCCCUCCGGGGUGGCAGGCGGCGCAGUUGGAGGUGUCUUUAACCACGCGGUGCCUUCCGCCUCCGCUCAUCCGUUUGGAGCCAGUUUCGGCAGCGGGGCUGCGUGUCGCAGCGGCACGCUGAGCUUAACCCCCCUGCAGGCGGUGGCCGGCGCCCCGCCCCCGCCCCCUCCGGGGCAGCCCGCCCUCCCCGCGCCCCCUCCCCCUAACGCCGCCUUGCCUCCCGCCCCCGCACUGCUCCCCGCUAACUCUGAGCCCGCGCUUCUGCAGAGCCUCGCGUCCCUCCCGGCUAACCAGGCUUUCUUACCCGCCUCCUCUGCCGCCUCUCUGCAGCCUGCUAACGCCUCUCUGUCCGUCAAGCUCGCCUCCCUCCCGCACAAGGCUCCCCGCCCCUCCUUCACGGUGCACCACCAGCCCCUGCCCGGGCUGGCCCUGGCCCAGGCCGCGCCCGUGAUCCCGCAGGCCAGCUCCACGGGCCCGUCCGCCGUGUGGGUUUCCCUUGGCAUGCCGCCUCCGUGUGCCGCGCGCCUCGCGGGGGUUAAGCCACGAUAAAGACCUUGCUUAGCUAGCGGUUCGUAUUCUGUAAGGUAACUAGGAUUCUACCUCAACCGUGAGACCUAUGCACGCACGGGCUGGGCCAGCAGUGCGGCAGCGGCCGCGGGACGGCGGGACGGACCGAGGACCGGCGACGAGGCUCUACUGUGAACCAGCGCUGCGCACGCCUGCGGGAGGUGCCGGGGCCUGGCUCCAGCUCGUACUGUCGAUAGUUUUAGAUAAAGUAUUUAUCGUUUUUUAAAAAGUAUAAACAUUCUGACUUAUUUUACUCCACCGGAGUCGUAAAGGCGCUCUAUGAGAAGUGUAGAUACUGUACAUGAGAGGAUCUAUGUAAAGACGCCCACCCGAAGGACUGGCCCGCCCGCGGACACGCUGACCGCCGGUCCCGGUGCUAUCUCGACGCAGGCCUCGCCGCCGCCUCGCUCUCUUGGUGCUGACUGGAGGUUGACCAACGCCAAACCCAGGCCUUGAGGCGCCUGCCCUGCUUGUCCCCCGCCGCUCUUCCUAUACCAAAGGCAUGGCUGUUUCCAGGCGGGGGUGGCUCGCUCUGUUGUGACAUUCCUCAGAAGAGGCCCCCUCCCCAUCACUGUGAAUGGCUCCCCCAGACUGGUGGCCCCUCGGUCCUGGGAUCAGCGCCUUUGGCAUAGGAACAGCCGGGGGGCGCGGGAGGGCCAGGCCCCCCCAAUCCUGCACGGAGCCCGUUCUGAGUGGUGCUCGCGAGGAAGGUCUGGUACCCGACUCCCCGACGGUGCGGCGGCUGGCGCGUUCUCGUCUGCGCGUCUCUGCUCGGGUCGGGCUCACGCCGCCGUCCACCAAAGCACAUAGUAAGCUCACGGCAUGUUGGCCGGUGACGUGGGGCAGGUUAGUCACGGGUGCCUGGUGUGUGUGUACAGAAGAGAGUCACGCUGAUGAGUGACAGUAUUUUAUAGAGAUGUGAUGAAAAUUUAUAAAUUUCAUAGACUUGACUUCAUUUAUUUUUAGAUUGUAUAAUGCACAGUAAA